UCAAGCGCCCCUGGCCGGUGGAGCAAACGCGUUCCCCGCGGCGCUCUGGGACCCGCAGCCGCCUGCGCGCAGCUUGGGGCCGGUAUGGGAGGGGUGGCCAGGCCGGCAUGAUGAGCGCCCUGGGCAGCCCUGUGCGGGCCUACGAUUUUCUACUUAAGUUCCUGCUGGUGGGCGACAGCGACGUGGGCAAGGGCGAGAUCCUGGCCAGCUUGCAGGACGGAGCAGCCGAGUCUCCUUAUGGCCACCCGGCGGGAAUUGAUCACAAGACGACCACCAUCCUGCUGGAUGGCCGAAGAGUGAAACUGCAGCUUUGGAAGUCAAGCCCAUUUUACUGCACUCCUCCAGAGGCCUCAGGAACUCUCCCAUGCUCAGAGCCAAACCCAGCUGUUAAGAUUUCCAGGGACACCUCAGGGCAGGGGAGAUUUUGUACCAUAUUCCGCUCGUACUCCAGAGGCGCACAGGGUGUGAUCCUGGUCUAUGACAUUGCCAACCGAUGGUCCUUCGAUGGCAUCAACCGAUGGAUUAAGGAGAUUGAUGAGCAUGCCCCUGGGGUUCCUAAAAUCUUGGUGGGAAACCGGCUGCAUCUGGCAUUCAAGCGGCAGGUGCCCACAGAACAGGCCCAGGCCUACGCCGAGCGCCUGGGUGUGACCUUCUUUGAGGUUAGCCCUCUGUGCAACUUCAACAUUACAGAGUCCUUCACAGAGCUGGCCAGGAUCGUGCUGCUGCGGCAUGGGAUGGACCGCCUCUGGAGGCCAAGCAAGGUACUGAGUUUGCAAGACCUCUGCUGCCGUGCUGUGGUGUCCUGCACACCUGUGCACCUGGUAGACAAGCUCCCACUCCCUGUUGCCGUAAGAAGCCACCUUAAGUCAUUCUCUAUGGCCAAUGGCCUGAACACCAGGAUGAUGCAUGGCCGCUCCUACUCCCUAACUGCCAGCUCCAGCCACAAGAGGAGCAGCUUCUGCAAAGCCAGGACCAGCCGCCCACCCCAGAGCCCACCCAGAAACUGUACCAGGAAUGGCUGCAAAAUCUCUUAGAGCCUGGAACUGGGGGCGCAGGCCUGUCAUCCAGCUACUCAAGAGUCUGAGGCAGGAGGAUCACAAGCUCAAGGCCCACCUGGGCUACAGAAGGAGUUCAAGGCCAGACUGAGCAACUGAGACCCUGCCUAAAAAUUAAAAACUGAAGAGAGCUGGCUCUCUAGGAGAGUCUGGAGGACAGAGACCAUUCUAGACUCAAGAAACAUAGUCUCCAUCUCUCCCGGUAAUGAUGCUGCUUUCAUGUGGAAUGCCUAUGCCACCGGUGUGGUAUGAAUGCCCAGUGCGCUGUGACUGAUACUUCUGUGUGGAUGUGCAUGAAGCUCUUAUUCUGGACUUGUGUGUGCAAAGGGAAAAAUUAGUAUUCUGCUCUACUGUUGAUAAUAUGAAAUUAUGGAUGUUACCUUUAUCAUGAUUGCUGUGCAACUUUUUCUGUCACUGCUUUUGUAUGGCUGACAAAACGUGUGUAGUGAAUACAUAUUCAAGAAAAUCUCAGAAACAAUGAUGAUCAGAUAGGCUAGCAUCACUGGUAUUACAAGAGGGGCUUUUUGUAAACCUUUUAAUGUCAAAGGUCAAUUUAUAAAAAUGCUGCAGCUGCACAUAGAGAUUGUGUACAACAGAUCUGUCCCAUUUGGGUAGGACAUGGGUUUGAUAAAGUUUUUGCUAUGUCAUUUACUACAUUUUGGGAUUAAUAAGUAAUCUAUAUUCAUAUUUUUCUGUAAACCUACAUUUUUUGUACAAAGUGUUCUACAAGUUACGAAGCUAUGGGAAGAAAAUGCCAAAGAUAUCUCCAAUUAUGUUGAACAUAACCAGCAUUGUUUCAACUGAUUGCAAGGAGAAAGGUGUUUCAGUAAAUAAUGGAGUAGAAACCGUAUUAUUUAAGGGAAUAUUUCUCAAUAAAGUGGAUAUUGUUCU